AUGGAAAUUGGGGCGCUCUUCAAAGACAUACGGGCCUCCGGGUGCCGUCCCGGGUCUCAAGCAGGCCCCUCAGCAGCCCCGGUGGAGCCCCGCCCCUCUGAAAACGUGGGCUACAUUUCCAGGUGCCGCCGCCGCGGCCUCGUCCGCGUCCAGUGCCAGCUCGUUAGCGCUCACAGCCUGGCGGAGCUGGCAGCUGGCAUCAUUAAACUUCAAACCGGCUUUCGACCCAGGGUGCCGCUGCAGGGAGAGACCGCCCGCUCCUCCGCCUGCCAACAGCUGAUUAGAGCCACGCUGACACCGGGGAAGGUGUGGCUCAGAGCUGGCCAAGAAGCCGAGGCUCUGGACAGACACGCGGCACCGGACAGACAGAACCUGAUGGACAGAGUCCAGCUGGCCAGCCGUGGCAGCAGCACGCGGGACAGAUGUGUGCGGGACUUUGAUGUAGCCUGGUGUUAUACGCAGAUCAAAGUGGUGAAGUUCUCCUACAUGUGGACCAUCAGCAACUUAAGCUUCUGUCGCGAGGAGAUGGGGGGAGGAGGGGCGGGGGGGGGUGGAAGAGUCAUCAAAAGCAGCACUUUCUUCUUUGGAGCCAACGACAAACUCAAAUGGUGUUUGAACCCUAAAGGCCUGGAUGAGGAGGGUAAAGACCCCCUUUCGCUUUACGUGCUCUUCUUCAGCUGUCCAAAAAGUGAAGUGUUUUCUAUUCUCAACGCCAAGGGAGAAGAGAGCAAAGCCAUAGAGCCAGAGGGAGCGUGCCGCUUUUUCCAGGAAGGUUUCAAAAAGUUCAUGAGGAGGGACUUCCUGCUGCCUGAUGACAAACUAACACUAUUCUGUGAGGUGAGUGUGGCACAGGACCGAGUGGACAUCUCGGGCCCGACGGCCUCUCAGGACGCGGUGAAGGUUCCUGAGUGCGGGCUGACCGAGGAGUUUGGCGAUCUGUGGGAAAACGCCACACUUCCCCCGACUGCUCGUUCCCGCUCGCAAGUGUUUAGGGCCGUGUUUGAGCACGAGAUGGAGGAGAGCAAGAAGCGGCGUCUCGCCGCCGGCUGCACGUGUCCCUCCAUGCCUCGUUGA